UCCGGUAGAAAUCUAUUUUACGAAUUAUAAUUCGGCGAGCAGAUAACACCCACCCACCCCCUCCCCCUUACUUGACCUAGAACCUGGCCUCGGGCCGACGCCUCCUGCUCCCUCUCGCUGUCGCGUCUCCCGGCGAUCCUCUCCGUCGACGCCCCGGCUAGCCGCCAUCGUUUCCCGGCGACCAGAUCGACGGCAAUCCCAUCCUCCUUGAUCUCCCUCUCGGGCGUCGGGAGAUCUACGUGGGGACAUGCAUAAGCUGGGGAGAGGAAGCCGCGACAAGGUGCAACAGUUCAUGGCCAUAACUGGUGCAAGCGAGAAGGUCGCCCUUCAGGCACUGAAAGCUAGUGAUUGGCACUUAGAAGGGUCUUUUGAUUAUUUCUACAGCCAGCCACAGAUUUCUGUGACCAAUUCUCGACAUCUUGAAGAUCUUUACAGCAGAUACAAAGAACGUGAUGCUGAUAUGAUCAUGGUGGAGGGCACAUCUCAACUUUGCAACGACCUGUUGGUGGAUCCUCAGGAUGUUGUCAUGCUUGUCAUAUCAUGGCACAUGAAAGCUGCCACAAUGUGUGAAUUUACUCGCCAGGAAUUCAUUGAUGGUCUGCAGUCAAUUGGGGUAGAUUCAAUUGAGAAGCUCCGUGAGAAACUUCCAUCACUGCGAGCUGAGAUAAAGGACGAUAAUAAGUUCCGUGAGAUAUACAACUUUGCAUUUGCUUGGGCUAGGGAAAAGGUUAUCCUUGAGAUCAAACUAUUUGUUCCAAUAUUUUCAAUUGUCAUUGUCUUUAUUGGCACAUCUGUUUUUCAACCGGUGUUAUCUAUGAAACUUUCCUACAACAUUCUCUUGAUUUUACAGGGUCAGAAAUCCCUUCCACUGGAGACAGCUAUUGGAAUGUGGAGGUUGCUGUUUGCUGAAAGGCAUUGGCCCUUAAUCGAUCACUGGUGUCAGUUUCUCCAGGUCAGGCAUAACAAAGCCAUCUCUAGGGACACAUGGUCUCAGCUGUUGGAAUUUGUUAAGACAAUUGAUCCACAGUUAUCCAAUUAUGACGAAGAAGGUGCUUGGCCCUACCUAAUUGAUGAAUUUGUGGAGUACCUAACCGAGAAUGGAUGCGUUCAGCGUAACAAGUGAACCAUUCGAGGCUGCAUUCUGACUUGGAUAUCAUGAUUUGGUGGUACAAACAUGAUUCAUGUCGAUCAAUAGAAUAUUUAUCUUUGGAUGUCGGCAUUGUUCCAGCUGCCCUUCACAAAGCAGAUGAUGUCGUUUGGUGGAAUCUACUUGCGCAGGGGUGAUUUCACUGGCUAGGAUUGCAAACUAUCUAUCUGGUUUGUAUUUUGUGCUGCACCUAUCUGCUACAGCAUACCCAAAAUAGUUAUUGGUUUACUGCUGAAUGGGCGAUGGGUCUAUAGUUCAUGUAGGUCUAGGUAUGAGGUAAUGCGAACUUGUGCUAUCGGUAUUGAUCGAUUGUUGCCAGAUGGGGCACCUUUCUAUGAGGUAAUGCAAACUUGUGAUAUCUUUCUA